AAAUUCUUAUUAAAAGCCUGUGGAUAGCGGUUAAGAAUUUUCAUUUUUCAAUGAAAAUUGAUCUCUUACAAGCUCUUGCAGCAUAUAUUAAAUACUACAAAGUUAAUAAAUUAUAUUACAUUGUUGAAGGAGAGGAAGGUGCAACUAAUAUUUCCAUCAGUGUAUAUCUUUGAACAUGACACCAUAUACUCUUGUUAUGUUCUAGCAUUCGAACGUUUUCAAACAAUAAUGGCUGAUCAAGUGCGUGAAAAAACUUAUGAUAUUCUCGAUAUUCGAGUACGACCUUUACAUGGUGUUACAAAUCAAAACCAUACAAGAAAUCUUUUACAAAGUAUCGAAAUUAAUAAUCGACGAACAAAAGAAGAACGCUAUAUUGUCCUAGAUUUAAAUUCACUUCAGAUUUUUCAUUUAAAAGAUUCAACAUCAUGGAAUGACAACACCACAUUACCAUUACAUUAUAAUGAGUCUCGUAUGUGGAAAAGAGAGGCAGAUAGAAUUGAUAUGCGAUUUUUUCGAUACGGUGGAGUGAAAGUGACAUAUUUUCUACCGAGAUCCGUUCAACCUGUAACAUUAUUGAAAAGCGCAACAGUCGAUUAUUCGACAAAUCGUUUAUCAUUACCAUUUUUUGAGAAAAAAGCAUUAGCCGAUAGUGUGGGAAAUUUUACAAACGAUUUAUUUGUGAUGGAUGAUACUGAAGUAUUUCAAGGUAGACAAACACAUGAUUUUGAUAAGGGACGAGAGUGGAUCAUAACAACAAUUGUGGAUGAGCCAUUCACAAUGAUAAAUUACACAGCUGCUGGUAAUCUGAGAGGGUCAACAGUUGCUGGACAAAUUCUAUCAUUUGAUCAUUUAUACGGUUAUUGUGUCUGA